AUGAAAGUGAUUAUUAUCGUCUGUGCGGUGCUGUUGGCGUUCGGUGGUAGUGAUGUGGACUGUGCACCACAAGGAUCGGCUACCGAGCCAAUCCCCAUCAUUCGGCAGGAGCAGGAGGUGAAUCCGGAUGGUAGCUACAGCUGGAGUUACGAGACGGGCAAUGGUAUUGUGGCGGAGGAGCAAGGCUUUCUGAAAAAUGCCGGAACCGAACAAGAAGCUCAGGUCGCUCAAGGCGAGUAUUCUUACACGGCACCGGACGGGCAGCUCAUACGGGUGCAGUACAUUGCGGACGAGAAUGGGUUCCAGCCGCUCGGUGACCAUCUGCCUACGCCCCCACCAAUCCCACCGGCCAUCCAGCGUGCGCUCGAGUACCUUGCCAGUCUGCCCCCGAGUGAUGAUGCUUCGCGGAGGUACUGA